GUAGACACUCUUUUCUGCGCCUGUGUGCGUCGGAGGAGCGCGUGCCGCCGCUCGCGCUUAUGGAGUCACCAAAGCGUCUGUGGACUGUGAGGGAGAUGCUAAGCUAAUUGUUAGAAAGCCGCAUUUACCUCAGGACAUCGAGCUGCCUGUCGCCAUGCUGCUCGUCUACAAUACCACAUUUAGAAGAAACAUUUUCUUCAAAGCAAGCGAGUGGACUGAAUAUAAUGACUUGGUGAGUCGAAAAUAGAAAUUGGUGAGACUCAGACAUGAGAAGGGCGGACAGUCACAGUGACACUGGAUAUCACACAUCAUCACUCAGGAGUUUCUGAACGGUUGUUGAUGGAGAAGAUUACGAAUGACAGCCGGAACAGUGGUCAUCACAGGUGGAAUCAUAGCUGCUGUCAUCUUGUUGACUAUUGUUACAGUGCUGUGUUGCUGUAGGCUGCAGACACCAUGUUUACUGACAGACAUCUGAAUUGUGAUAGCAAUUGUGAUAGCAUCUGUCAUCAGUCAUUCCAAGUUUACAAUUCACUACUGUGUUAUUACUGUUGUAAGAGUGAUGGGUCUAAGGUGGAGGAGGAGGAGGAGGAAGAGGAGGAGGAGCCUGACUUUGCCAAAUCCCUGCCCAGUUCAGCACAUCAGUCAAACUCUCUAAUUCCUCCGCAUUCUUUGCGACCACCAAGCCCUCCGAAUCCUCCACAUGUUCUGACUUCACCAAGCCCACUGAGGAUUAUAUCUCUUCCAGAACAAUCAUUGUCUGAGCAGCUUCUCACAACCGCAGAGCUUUACAAGCCCAAUGGGCCGGCAAUCUGCAGACGCUAUAGCCCUGCUCUAUCCCCUGCGCCAAUACGCUCCUACAUGUUCUGCCCCUCAUGCUCUGGACUACUGCCCUUCAACCUACCCCCACAGCAGGAAGUAAGGAAUGGAGGAGGAAGGAUCAGCUACAGGAGCUUAGAGCAGCAAGAGGUCGACCUUCCUCCAGACAUAUCAGGCUUUAACCAGCUUAACCUCAUACGUUCUAUAACACUGAGGAAGAUGGUCACACACCAGAGCAUCAGUACUGAAGUGUAACUCUUAUGAAGACCUGUGUUGAGACUUAAUUUCCUAAAGCAGGGUCACAGUGCUUUUGACAUGGAAAGGAUAUAAAGAUUUACAUUGAGUAUUGAACUAUAGAAGUGUGUUGGAGAAUAAUUAACAAUAUAACCAUUGAUAGUUUAAAAUGACUUUGUGUUAAUAGGCAACAACAAAGAAGAAUAUGAUUAGGAACAUAAGCUAUGCUAUUGAUAUCUGUACAUGCAUUUAUGUGGGGAAAAAUGGAAUUGGGAAAAAUGUUUUUUAUGGAAUUGUAUAUUCUAUAAAAUAAUAUAAAGUAGUUAUAAGUUUAUCAAUAAUAAUUUUAGGAAAUGUUUUUAGCUACAAUUAGUGACCAAAAGCAUUUAGAAAUUUGUAAAAUAAUAGUAAUAGUAAUAAUUAUAACUACUAUCAAAUUGUACCAUGUGCUAGAAAGAUUGAUUGCUUUCUUUCUCACAGCAGAUGCAUUUGUGCCAGUAGUAAUAGUUUUAUUUUUGCUCUAUAGUAAAAUGCCAUAUCGAAGCAUACCAAAGUGACAGACAAAAAAGUCCACAAAUGAAUCACUGUUAAAUUUAAAGCAAAGCAGUGCCCCAAUAACAAUUACAAAUCAGAUGGUCAGUUUAUUCUCUAAGGCUUAUAAGCAUAUAAAUGAGUGGAGACAUGUGGAAUCGGAAAGGAUAGAGACACAGGCUGCUUGUCAAAGCACAGGUAAUAUUUAUUUUCAUUAAUUUUAUUUUUUAUAAUAUAGAAUUACAUGCACUAGUGUAGUGGUCAAAAAAUAAAAGGAUAAUUUGUAACAUUUUGAUUUAAAAAAUAUAUAAGUUCACUAAUAUUGUUACACUUUUCUUAAUGUUUUCCUUUUUUCACCUUAUGGACGCAGGUAAAUAUAUUAACCACAAUGAUCAGAAUGAGAGAUUACACAUUCCUGUCAGGUAAUUUUAAUGAACAAGUAUUUGGAAGAUUUUUCCAUCGUUGAUCAGCAAAUCAAGCAUCAGUGUAUGUUGCAUGUAGACCAGCAGAUGGCGUAAGUUAUUUCACUCAGAUAACUGUUCACCACUUUGGCAAAAGUGAAAAAUGUUGGAAUGGCAGUAGACAUCAUAUUACAAUCUGUCACAUUGA